AUAUCUUUGAAGUAUUAUGUAACACACAAUGAAACACGAUGAGAAAGGCAUUAUGUUUGGAUUAGAAGAGCAACCCAUUAUUCUGGUUUAAAGCUCUUUGCUGAAGAACAUCAACAGAUGUCACUUAUGUUCUCAGAGAGGAAUAUAAACAUUCGGAAACCUCUUAAGGGCUUGCACUUCUUACAAAAUGGGACAAUACCACACUUGUAACAUGAAAGGAAUUGAAGUGGCAGAACUACAGGAUUUGUACAAGAAGUUUGUUGUAGAAUGUCCCAGUGGUGGUCUUUAUCUGCAUGAAUUCAAGCAGUUUUUUGGCAUCACCAGCCAGAGUGAGGCAUCGGAAUAUGCUGAAAGUGCAUUUAAAUCCUUCGACAGGAAUGGGGAUAAUAAGAUAGACUUUUUGGAAUAUGUAGCAGUUUUAAAUCUAGUUCUAAGAGGCAAACUUGAGCACAAACUGAAAUGGUUAUUUAAAGUGUAUGAUACAGAUGGAAAUGGCUUUCUUGACAAGCAUGAACUACAGAAAAUGCUCAAGAGUGUCUAUAAUGUCAAACAAGGAUGGACAAGAAACACAGAUACUCAGCUGUCAUCCCCAGAAGAUGUAUGUGACAAGAUAUUUCAGCUAAUGGAUGAAAACAAAGAUGGAAAGCUUUCCCUGAAAGAGUUUAUUGAUGGAGUGCAGCAAGAUGAUUGGAUAAGGAAGAUGCUAAGUGUAGAAAUAAACCCAACAAAAUGGAUCCUUGAACAUCGGGAUAAAAGGCAGCAGUAGUAAAUGCAAUAAGCAAACAAUACUGGUUGUGGUGUGAACAUGAAUAAUUUUUUCUGGGUGGCAAUACAAUCAAGGAAAUAAGAGGUACUAUUUCAAAGGCAUUACUUUUUAAACCGGACCAAAGCAUUAUAUUCCUUAAAAUCUGUUUACAUUUCUAUACAGUUUGAAAUUGAGAGGGGAGAUAGCUUAAAAUCUUACCUGUUAGAACUAUCCACAUAUGCAUGGAAAUAUGAAUAGUCUUUAUUUCAUUGUCUUUAUUACCGCAAUUGU